AAAGCGAUUGACAGCGUGAGGCCAUUGGUGAGAAGGCCAAACCAGAAAGCUGUCGUCAUUUACGUAAAAAAAGGGCUAUACUUCGAAGAGGUCACUAUUCCUGAGGGCAAGGCCAAAAUCACUCUGGUGGGCGACCCUGGCGAAACCAGAAUCCGAUUCAACAAGUACUCUGCGAAACUCGACAAGAACGGCAACCCCCUCGGAACUGCCAAUACUGGUACGCUUGCCGUCCUCGCCGACGACUUCACGAUGGUGAACAUGAUCGUUGAGAAUGCUUCGCCGCGCCCUCCGCCUGCGACGACUGGUUACCAGGCUGUCGCAUUUCGCUCUGCCGGCAACCGCACAAUCGUGUUCAACUCCAGCUUCUACUCUUAUCAGGACACGCUAUACGCUCACAAAGGAUUCCAAUAUUACAAGAACUGUUUCAUCUUCGGCGAGGUUGAUUUUGUCUUCGGCGCCGCGAAAGCCAUCUUCGACUCAUCCACUUUCUACAUGGAUUCCAUGGGCUAUGCCGCCGUUACCGCGAACUACCGCAUGUCGAAGGCCGAGGAUUCGUGCUUCGUGAUCAUGAACUCGCACAUCACCGGGCGCAACCAGGGCUGGCUCGGUCGCUCUUGGGGCAAAUACGCCUGCACCGUCGUUGCCAACUCCUAUAUGGACAAGGCCGUUCGCCCUGACGGAUGGAACGAUUUCGGCGUCGUUGCGCGGCAAGUGAAUUCGUUCUUUGCCGAGUACAACAACCGCGGCAUCGGCGCGAACCUGGACGGCCGCGUGUGGUGGCAGAAGGUCAUCGAACCCCCUCAGAUCAAGAAGUACGUGACGACAGAGUACAUCGGACUGAGCAAGUGGAUCCGCGCGCUCCCCAUCGCCCCCAAGAGGAGCGGAGGCGGCGGAGGCGGAAAGAAGGGCGGAAGCGGCGGAAGCAGCAAGAAGACUGCAGGCAAGUCGACGCAGCAGAGCGUCCCUGCGAAGAAGCCGCAGCAGCCAGCAGCGAAGAAGCCGCAGCAGCCAGCAGCGAAGAAGCCGCAGCAGCCAGCAGUAAAGAAGCCGCAACAGCCGGCGAAGAGGCCGCAGCAGCAGCAGCCCGCGAGGAAGCCGCAGCCUGCGCAAAAGAAGCCCCAAGCCAAGGCGACGACUCAGGAAGUUAUCACCGAAGGUCAGCUCGCGGCUGCUGCUGACGUGGCUCCUGCUCUUGUCGCUGCUGCUGUUGCCUCGCCUCUGCAGGAGCAACAGCAGCCAGCCGUUGUGGCCCAGCCAUACAGCGUGUGCCAGACGAUGCAGCCGGAUCUUGCUACCCGCAACACACUCU